CAUGUUUCUUAUCCAAUACAUGAUCUACAUAAGGUGGAAUAUGUAAAUAUACGAAACUACGUUCGGCACGGUCAUAAACGAAAUACAAAGAGUUCACCUAAUGACAUUUCGGGACUUUCCCAUCAAAAGUCUGGCGCGAUUCAUAAUGAUGGGCGAGGGUAAGGGAACAGCCGGCAAAUGCUCUUGCUGCUCAAUGAACGGUGCCAACUUUUGGGCCAUAAACAGUAAAACACGAAAUUUUCCGCUCCAAACCAAAUUGACCUUCAAUUGGCGUAUGACCAUAUGUGUCCUAGGCCUACCUGAGUGUCGAUCUGUAUCUUGGCUGCCUGCGCGCGACUGCUGUUUAAGGACUUGUGGUGGAUUUAGCGCUAAUCCGCGGGGAUUAGCGGGAUUAGCAGUUCGCCGGCGUUACAGAAUUUCAUUAAGUAAUGGAGCGCUACUUAACUUGAAUGAAAGUCGCGCUCGGAGAUUUCCUGCGAAUUCCCCUUAGGUAAAUUCAAUUGAAAUUGGAGCCCAGCAAUA